CUCGCCUCCGUCUCUUCAGUCUCUAGAACAAGGCGUAUACCAUGGAACUUUUUGGCUUUUCGGUAGACUUGGGAAGCCCUGUCAACACCGCUCUUUUCCUGUACAUUCUGUACUCGGUCCAAAAAAUCAUCUUUCCUCCCAUCGCAAAACCAACUAAGGUUCCCAAUGAAUUUAAAGGAGGGUACACGUGGAUGCCGAAGGCGCAUCCGCCGACAGUCCUAUACCGGAUAUAUACCCCAAAGACGCUGGAGCCGUUCAGUGGCAAAGAUGGAGGAAGGAUAUUGCUUGCGAUCAAUGGCAUUGUGUUCGAUGUGACGGCGGGGAGGAAUUUCUAUGGUCCAAAUGGAAUGUAUGAAAACUUCGCUGGCCGAGAUGCUUCAAGGGGAAUGGCGAAACAAUCGUUCGAUCUUGAUAUGCUCACUCCAGUUGAGGCUCCUCUUGACCCUCUAACGGACCUGGCACCCGACGAAAUUGAUAACAUGAAAGGAUGGAUUGAGCACUUCUCUAACAAGUAUAUCAUCUGCGGCAAGUUGGUCGAGAACGAUGCCCUCUAGAGGUUCCUCAUUCGCAAUGUGUAUAUGUAUCUUUCUAUGAAAUGUGAUGGUUUUCACCA